AUGCCUGCUGCCUCAUUCUCAAGAGAAGCUUCUUCGGCGGUGGAACUCAGCGAAGCUGAGUGGUCAACAAGGUAUGGCAGCCGUCCGGGUGCGAGGCAUUUGAGGCAAAUGCGUGCGAGCCAGAGCACGCCGGAGCUGCAUCAGCUCGAGAGGGCUCCUUCCGGCGGCCUCGCCUUCAGAGCCUCCCAGCGCUCGCUCGAAGGAGAUACACCUGCCGUCGGAAACAAGCUCGACUUGCGCAGGCGAGCAGCCGAGAUCGUGGCCCUGAACUCGCUCUACGCGCAGUCCAGCUCUGGGAGCCUGCAGCAUGCAGCCAUUCCACGGAUACGGCAUGUCCUGGAGGCCAGAGACGAGCUUCUUGCCGAGCAAGCCAGUGAGAACCGCGUAGCAAGCAUUGCUCAAGCCCUGUGGGCAGAAGGGUUGGGAUCGAAGCCUGCGAAGAGUUGCGAUAUGAACCAGCUGAUUCUCAAGUCGACCUUCCUUUCCGUCCAAGCAAGGCCAGCCACAUCAUGUCGGGCACGUAGCGCUCCUCCUCAAGGGCGUCCAGGCGCCGCUUCCAAGCAGGGAGACUACGUUGCUGGCCUAGUGCAGCGCGCCAGUUCGUUGAAUUUUCUCGAAGCUGAAGUCGAAACUGACAAGAAAGACCAGACUAAGGCAGCUGGCAGGACGGUGAAUCCCGGCACACUUGGACAUCCUCAGCUCUGCUGCCGACCGUGUGUGUACUUGGUGAUCGCAGGAUCCUGCAGGAACGGCGAGGAGUGUGAGUAUUGCCACGAGCCCCACGACGCACGUGUCCCGAAACUGGACAAGCAACAGAGGCAGCUUCUUCGCACUCUGAACGAAGCGGACACCUUGGGAUUAUUGCUCCCUUACCUCACCGAGAAAGCACGGAGCAUGCCGCCGAUUGCUUUGGAGCUUGUGAGCCAAUUGGAAAGGCACUUGGCAUCUUUGGACUCCGCAACAGGUACCGUCAUCUCGAAUGCACGCCUCGUGAAGCUCGCGCACGUGCUUCAGAAAAUGUCGUUCAUUCGGGUCCUUUGCUUGAUGCCCACGGUUUGGAGUACAGAGGUUAAGACUCUCCUCGCCGAGCUGCGUCGUGCCUACAUCUGUGCAGAUGAUCAGAUUGUCGAGCUCAAGUGA